AUGAACCCCCUGUGGUGCGCUGAAGCAGAGCUCGUGAACCACACAGCCCGAGCUGUGAACACUCCUGGAAUACGACUGAAGACAGGCAAGAACCACAGCAGCCUGCAUUUAUUAUACCUACCCACACUGCUGCAGCAAUCCCUUGAUGCAGGUUCAGUGCCUGCUCCAACUGAGCAUGCCUUACCAGUGUUUCUUACAACCGAGGCCAUAGACCAAAACUGGAAGAGUACUCAGAGAGGUCAUACUCAUGCACCAACCCCACUAUACCGCAGCCAGCACCUGGACACUGUGGCUUGGAAAGCACCGCACUCAUACCCACCCAACAACCAGGCAACCUGUCAACGGUGGUCUGUAGACACUGUGCCCUAUGGCGAGACCUUGGGACUCAGUGGGCCUCUUGGGUGCCCUACAGGGUCUCUAACCAUGCACGGGAAUAGGCUGCCUUUUAUUAUCUUCAGCCCUGCCAGAGCCGGCGGCGACCCCAGCUUCUCACAACCUAUAGCAUUUAAGGCACACACUGCGGAAUCUACCACCGACAGCCUCAACAGAGGUUACUCUAGCUGCAUUUACUGUUAA